AUGAAGACGUUUUUCCAUCUUCGCACCAUGGCUAGUAAUGUGCCAUUGUUGCGAAAUUCGUUUCAAAAGGGCAAAUACAUUCAGUUGAAAAUUCCGGUACAAUGUAAACAUACAGCAGCUAGUGCCAAUCAGCUGGAGAAAAUUCGAGAGCGAUUGGAAAGUGGACCGAACUUUCAGGACUUCGUACAGCAUCCGGACUACAACAAAGAUGACUGGUCGGCUUACGAGGGGAAGUUAAGACGCGAGAAGGGCGAAAAUGACCGGCUGCGUUUACCACCGUGGCUUAAAACGAAAAUACCAAUGGGGAAAAACUUCACACGCAUCAAGGAACAGCUUAGGGAAUUGAAGCUGGCGACGGUAUGCGAGGAAGCCAAGUGCCCAAAUAUAGGCGAAUGCUGGGGCGGAGGAGAGCAUGGAACACAAACGGCUACCAUAAUGUUAAUGGGAGACACCUGCACACGAGGAUGUCGUUUUUGCAGCGUCAAAACGGCCCGUGCUCCGCCCCCACUGGACCCAGCUGAACCGGUCAACACUGCCACUGCAGUUGCAUCCUGGGGUUUGGACUACAUUGUCCUUACGUCGGUCGAUCGCGAUGACUUACCGGAUGGAGGAUCAAAGCACAUCGCUGCGACAAUUACAGAAAUAAAAAAGCAAAAUCCUCGUAUCUUCGUGGAAUGUCUUGCUCCGGACUUUCGGGGCGAUCUUGAGUGCAUCGGGACGGUAGCAAUGUCCGGGCUCGACGUUUAUGCGCACAACAUCGAAACGGUGGAGGCGCUUACACCAUUCGUUCGUGAUCGUCGUGCACGAUAUCGGCAAAGCUUGGAGUGCUUAGCCAGCGUGAAACGAUUCAAUCCGAAUCUCAUGACCAAAUCCUCUAUAAUGCUCGGAUUGGGCGAAACGGACGAACAGGUGGAGCAAACUUUGAAAGAUCUUCGAUCGGUCGGAGUGGAUUGUCUGACUCUCGGUCAAUAUAUGCAGCCCACCAAAAAGCACCUGAAGGUGAUCGAGUACGUAACGCCAGAAAAGUUCAAACACUGGGAGAAUCGAGGCAACGAACUUGGAUUCUUGUACACAGCUAGCGGACCACUGGUACGCAGCUCGUACAAGGCGGGAGAAUUUUUCAUCACUAGCAUUCUUCGCAAUCGAGCAACGGCGGAAGCAGCUAGAUCGGCGGAAAAGGAAAGUUCCGGAAUAGUGGAGGAACUUAAACAUCCGUAGAUGGCUGAAAGGGAUGCAAAUAUGUUUGAUAUUGUUACAAAUUGUGGAAUAAAUGUUAUUAUUAUAUUGUUC